UAGCACGUCGUAGAAAUUUUCAAUGCUUCCAGUUUGUUUCCGGAUAAGGAUUUUUUAUAGGACAGCAUUGCUAUUAGCAACAUUUGGAUGUAAAGUUACUUUGUUGACAGAUGAUAUACGAGUUUACAGUUUUAUACGGUUAUAUAUCUAAUUAUGCGUGAUUUCAAUCAUUAUAUAAUUUGAAUAAAGUCCAAUACGUACCGUACCGUUUCGGGUGUGAAUAUAUUCUGUACCGCUCGGAACAAAUUCUUCCUAGUGUGAAUAUAAAUGAUUAAAAUGAAUCACGCAGUUCACAGACUAUGAUGAAGAAACUAGCUCUUCAGCUGUGUCAAAAUUUUGUUUAAUACAACACAGUCAAAACUAGUGUUCAUCUAUGUUCAAGUAAUACCUUGUACAACGCUGGAAUAGAUGCAAAAUUAAAGUAAAUGCGGCGAAAUUUCCGACAGAGACCUGUCAACCAACAAGCAUAUCGGAAGACAUCUGGAUUUUUAAGAUGUCAAAAGAACUGGCAAACCUUCAGAAAGGGGACUGGGAACCGGCUUAUGAUGACGACGAAAUAGAAAAGGAUCUUUUAUUGCAACUUCCAAAAGACCUUGACAUUAACAAAUUCAACCGUGGGCAAAAAUUCUUCAAGAAAAAUCUUGGUCAAUGUUUGAUAGCAAUGAUGAUGUCUUUAAUUUGUGGACUGAGUAUCAACCGAUUUUUAAAAGUACUUGUAUGCACUGGUAUGUCAUCCACGUCGGAAUCGUCUUUUAAACGCUACAUGAGUACUACAAUGCACGUGCUAAAGUGGCAUUAUGGGAAUGUUUGGAACCCAUCGUCGUCUGCUUUUAAGUCAAUCCGUUCUGUGAGAAAAAUGCAUGCAUACGCGAGAAAAUUCAUGCACAACAAAGAAAAUCAAAAUGAAAAACAACAUUGCUGCUCUGAAGUUGGCCAUACUUACUUAUCGCAGUACGAAAUGGGAUUGGUUCAAAGUGGUUUUAUGGGUAGUAUUGUCAUGUACCCUGAUAAGUUUGGAAUUCGCUGUUCCAUUGAUGAACUGGACGAUUAUGUUUAUUUCUGGCGAUGGAUAGGUUAUUUAUUAGGAAUAAAGGACCAGUUUAAUAUAUGUAUUGACGGCUACGAGAGGGCGGAUGCCAUUUGUCAUGCUAUCGAACAGGAGAUUCUAAUUCCUUCACUGUAUAACCCACCGCCGCAGUUUUAUCCAAUGUCAGAAGCUUUUACGAGCGGAUUCAAAUUCUACCCGGUUGCAAGCGUUAAAAGCAUUAUUGCCACGGGUUUUCGACUUGUUCAUUUGAAGUGUCCGUUUUCGGUUUCUUUUGCAGAUAAGUUAAGGGUUUAUUUUGCAAGAGGUUUCCUUUCUUUUCUGUUUUAUUUUCCAUCAUUUACUUAUUAUUUGAACAGAACUAUUGAAAGGAUGUACCAGUGUCAUCGAUUCACUUAGAUCAGUUAAUUAACCGUUUUCAGCACAUUGAUAUAGAGUUUAUGACGUGAAUUCUUCGUGAAAAAGAAACCGAUAGGGAGGGAAACGGAGCGUAGCGGAGUGACCGACCGAGGUUUCUUUUUCUCGAAGAAUUCUCUUCAUGGACUCUAUCUGACAUAGUGUGAAAUCUACGUUUGACCAAUCAGAAUUGCAGUCAGUCGUGUCGGAUUCUCCGCCUACCUUUGACUAACAAAAAUUGUGUCGGCUUCCUUUGAAAUACGACGAAGGGGCGGUCAUAAGGAAUAAGAAACCACAUUAUUUGAAAAAUAACUCGCUCUGAUUGGUAAAAAAAGGUAGGUUGCACACUAUGGCAACAUUAUUGUUUGUGGCAAAAUCUGCUAGUGCAAAGCAAGAACGACAUAGGCAAAACCUGAGAUUACCAAAGUUUGAGUUUCAAAAUGAAACUUGUAAUACGUAAAGGGCCACAGAACAGUUCCACGUUUAUUUGACUGAUGCCUUGUUUGGUUUUUUAGAAGUUAUUUUUAAAGUGGUGUAAUUUUCAUUUGCAGUUGCAGUCAGGGUAUUAACUACAGUCAGAUUUAGGUAUACAUCAACGCUGUAAGCCAAUGUAUCCAUUUGAAUAGGUUACAUGUUGUAAAACUGAGUACUUAGCAUUCUUAUUGAAACAGAUGGAGACGUAAACAAACUUUACAGUUCUCAAUAUUUUAUAAUAUUUAUUUAUUUAAUAUUAUUACUGUAUAAGAGAACGUUACAUAAAAUGUUAUUUUUUUGCAUUUAAUGUCUUGUUGUAUUACUGUUUCUUUACUAUAUGUAAAGGCCUUACGAAUUACGAAGCUUAAGUAUACAAACAAUGAACAAUGAUCCUACCUUCGUCUGGGAAUUGCCCCCAGUAACUUCAUUGUCAUAAAAACGUUCUUGUUGAAAUGAAUGUAUAACUACAUGAUAACAAAAACAGUCAAAUAUCUAAAAGAAAUUGAAUCAAAGAUGUCCAACUUCAUGUCACGUCAUGUAAUACAUCUCGUAUUAUUUUUACUGUUUAAUAUUUAGAAACUUUUGGUAUCAAUUUGUGCCGUUUAAUAAAUCGUCUGGCUCUACAGGAGUCAGACAUGUUCAGUCUA